AACGCUUAUAAUAAGAUGCUCUCCAUAAGUACACCACCACCAGCAGCAGCAGCAGCAGCAGCAGUGCCAUCAGUGCCUUUGACUCGCUCGUCUCACCCUUCGUGCCCUCUCGGAAAUCCUUCCCGAAUUCACCGACGCCUUCGAAGAUCGCCUUCUUUCCAACUUCGGAAUCCGGAGUACCAGAGGUGGUGGUUGAGGUGCGUUGGUGGUGGAACUGUGGCUUUGGAGGAGAUGACGGAGCCCACGUCGGGGAAGAUGGUGUUUGAGCCGAUUCUUGAGGAUGGGGUUUUCCGAUUUGACUGUUCCGGUGACGAUCGAGGGGCUGCGUUCCCGAGUCUAUCCUUCGCCGAUCCCAAGGUUAGGGAGACGCCGAUCAUGGUUCACAAACGGCCGGAGUUUGUCCCUGAGUUUCAAUGUCUUCAUGGGCGGCAGAUCGUCACGAUUCAGUUGCCUGAUGGAACCUCUUUUUACGGAACUGGUGAAGUUAGUGGCCAGCUUGAGCGGACGGGAACGCGAAUUUUUACCUGGAAUACAGAUGCAUGGGGUUAUGGUUCAGGAACCACGUCAUUGUACCAGUCGCAUCCUUGGGUUCUGGCUGUUUUUAGUGAUGGAAGAUCAUUGGGUUUUCUAGCUGAUACAACUCGACGUUGUGAGGUCGACCUACGACAGAAUUCAACCAUUAAGUUCACAGCCGCAGCUGUCUACCCAGUUAUUUCAUUUGGUCCAUUUGACUCGCCUGCUGAAGUUCUGAAAUCCUUGUCUCAUGCGAUUGGGACUGUGUUUAUGCCUCCUAAAUGGUCACUUGGCUACCAUCAAUGUCGCUGGAGCUAUGAUUCUGAUCAAAAAGUUCUCAAGACUGCAAGAACAUUUCGGGAAAAAGGCAUACCUUGUGAUGUCAUAUGGAUGGAUAUUGACUACAUGGAUGGUUUUCGAUGUUUUACUUUUGACCAAGACCACUUUCCUGAUCCAAAAUCUAUGGUGAAAGAUCUGCAUGCUAUUGGUUUCAAGGCUAUCUGGAUGCUUGACCCCGGUAUUAAACAUGAAGAAGGUUACUUUGUCUAUGAUAAGGGUUCUAAAAGUGAUGUUUGGAUCCAAAAAGCAGAUGGAAAGCCGUUUGUUGGGGAGGUAUGGCCAGGUCCUUGUGUUUUUCCUGAUUUUACUAAUGAAAAGACACGCUCGUGGUGGGCAAAUUCAGUCAAAGAUUUUGUCUCCAAUGGUGUUGAUGGCAUAUGGAAUGAUAUGAAUGAGCCUGCUGUAUUCAAAUCUGUGACGAAAACAAUGCCAGAGAGUAACAUUCACAGGGGAGAUAGUGAAUUUGGUGGUUGCCAGAAUCACUCGCAUUACCACAAUGUUUAUGGCAUGCUUAUGGCCAGAUCAACUUUUGAAGGGAUGAAAAUGGCAUCAGGGCAAAAAAGGCCUUUUGUUCUCACCAGAGCUGGAUUUAUUGGAAGCCAGCGGUAUGCCGCAACCUGGACUGGAGAUAACUUAGCAAAUUGGGAUAAUUUACAUAUGAGUAUACCCAUGGUCCUUCAGUUGAGCAUCAGUGGUCAGCCAUUAUCUGGUCCUGAUAUUGGUGGCUUUGCUGGGAAUGCAACACCACGGCUUUUUGGGAGAUGGAUGGGAGUGGGUGCAAUGUUUCCUUUUUCUCGUGGCCACUCUGAAGCUGGAACCGUUGAUCACGAGCCAUGGUCCUUUGGGGAAGAGUGUGAAGAGGUUUGCCGCCUUGCACUACUGAGGCGCUAUCGUUUACUACCCCACAUUUAUACUCUUUUCUACAUCGCCCAUACAAAGGGAACUCCUGUUGCGGCACCUGUUUUUUUUGCUGAUCCACAGGAUUCUAGUUUGCGUGCAGUUGAAAAUUCUUUUCUGCUAGGCCCGCUUCUAAUUUGUGCAAGCACCGCCCCUGAUCAAGGAUCACAUGAACUGUCUCAUGUUUUACCAAAAGGCAUAUGGAUGAAAUUUGAUUUUUGUGAUUCGCAUCCUGACUUGCCAACUAUGUAUUUGCAAGGGGGAUCAAUAAUCCCAGUAGGCCUUCCUCUUCAGCAUGUGUAUGAAGCAAAUCCGAUAGACGAAUUAUCACUCUUCAUAGCUCUUGACAAUUUCGGUAGAGCCCAUGGUGUUCUCUUUGAGGAUGAUGGUGAUGGAUAUGAGUACACUCAAGGAGGUUUUCUUUUGACAUAUUAUGUUGCAGAACUUAGAUCAUCGAUUAUUACAGUUAAGGUGUCAAAUACUGAAGGAUCAUGGAGGAGGCCAACGCGAAAUCUCCAUGUAUAUAUAUUGCUGGGAGGAGGUGCCAUGAUGGAUGCUGUUGGUGUUGAUGGAGAGGAAAUACAGAUUGCCAUGCCUUCAAAAUCCGAAGUGAAUGACUUGGUACUUGCAAGUGAAAAUGAGUAUAAAACUCGUUUAGAACAAGCCAAGUGUCUCUCAGAUGCUGAUGAGCAUUCAGGACAAAAAGGGAUUGAACUUUCAAGGACGCCAGUUGAUCUAAAGAAUGGUGAUUGGAGUCUUAAAGUGGUGCCUUGGAUUGGGGGAAGAAUAAUCUCUAUGAAACACAUGCCUUCAGGUACACAGUGGCUUCACAGUCGAGUUGAAGUUGAUGGAUAUGAAGAAUACAGUGGGGUUGAAUACCGUUCUGCUGGGUGCUCAGAGGAAUAUGAAGUUGUUGGAAGAAAUCUUGAACAAUCAGGGGUGGAGGAGUCUCUUAGCUUGGAAGGGAAUAUUGGCGGUGGCUUAGUUCUCCAGCGCAAGAUAUCAAUUAUGAAAGACAAUCCUAAGAUUCUCAUAAUUGACUCUGGUAUUGUUGCACGCAGUGUUGGUGCCGGUUCUGGUGGAUUCUCAAGGUUGGUCUGCUUACGGGUGCACCCAACAUUUACCCUUUUGCACCCCACUGAGGUCUUUGUUCGAUUUAAUUCCAUUGAUGGAUCCAAACAUGAGAUCUGGCCUGACACUGCAGAGCAAUACUUUGAAGGCAAUCUUCGGCCCAAUGGUGAAUGGAUGCUGGUAGACAAAUGUUCUGGCCUGAGUUUGAUCAAUCGUUUCGACAUAAACCAGGUGAACAAAUGCCUUGUGCAUUGGGGAUGUGGAACAGUUAAUUUGGAGCUGUGGUCUGAGGAGAGGCCUGUUUCCAAGGACACCCCUCUGAAGAUUUCACACACAUAUCAGGUAAUGGAAAUCUCGAAGCUUUGAACUGCUGUUUAUUAUGGAGCAACGCCAUUCUAUGAAUGAGGAUAAUACUGAUGAGCCAUAUGCCCACCCAUAACACAGAUUUUAUGGCCAUUACUGAACUUGAAAACUGGAGGUUGAUAUCCGAAUGAUUAUAUCGUGGUUAAUUUAUUUUUUUUAAUAAAGUGGAUAAAUCACAGAUUUAUUUAAAAAAAUUAUGGUUAAUUUA